UUCAUGUCAAUUCAAUGCCACUACGUUUGAUUAUCGCAAUCUUGCACGCAAAUCAAAUUGCGAAAAAUAAUAAAUGAAAGAAAGAAAAUAAUGUAGAAAUAAUUACAUCGGAUUUAGUAUUUGUUAGUUUUCAUGUGAAAUAAUACAUAUACAUUUGAUGCCAGUAUGGAUUAUCUUGGAAAUAUCAAUAAUUUCUUGAACAAGAAACUUUGCUUUUUAUGUUUUAAGAAAAAAGAAAUUUUAGAGAGUAUCAUGAAGCCGCUUUAUAUUUAUGAUGAUAAUGAUAAUAUUACGUCCUGCAUACAUAGUAUGAUGAUGUAUUUAUUUCCAUCCCGAGAAAUCAUUUUUGGAGAAGUUUGCCGGGAGUGCUCUAAGCUGAUUUUGUCUAUAUAUCUAACUUUACGAAGAUACGACACCAAGAAAAUAAUGUAUAUUGGAAUCAUAGACGACAUGUUCAACAGCCUUCAUAAAGAUAUAAAAAUUACCAAUCAACCAUUGAGACUACAUAUAAAAGUUUUAAAAUCAUCUGAAAAUGAAUUUAAUGAAAAUAAUUCUAGUGUUGGAAACAUAUGUGAUCAGAAGUUAACAUUUGAUAAGAAGCAGAAAUCUCAAAAGCCAUGCAAACAAUUUAACAACAAGCCUAUUAAAAAUGAAGCUACAGUUUGUGAUGUGUGUGGGAAAGUCUGUAAAUCACCCAAUGCAUUAAAAUCACAUCUCAAUUGUCACCAAGAAAAAUGUUGCCCAUAUUGUUUGAAAGUUUUAAAAACACAUUCCCAUUACAAUCUACAUGUCAAGAGUCACGAAGGAGUUAAGAAAGUCAAACGAAAAGGAGUGAAUUUCUAUUCGUGUAACAAUUGUGAUUACAGAAGUGUAAACAAAUGUAGUUUACAGGCGCAUAUAUAUAAGUAUCACCUCAAACAAAGACCAUUUGUCUGUACAAUUUGUUCAAAAGGCUUUUAUAAAAAGAGUAAUCUGACAGAACAUACAUUGAUACAUAACAAAGUGAAAAAAUUAACUUGCGAACAAUGUGGUGAGAAUUUCUUUUACAAAAAAACAUUAACUGACCAUCUCCGUUUGCACACCGGAGAAAAGCCGUUUAAAUGUGAGAUUUGCAAAAAUUGUUUUGUUACAUCUGGACGUAGAUUAGAUCAUAUGAAGCGGAAGCAUGGUGAGAAAAAUGUAUUCUGUAAUAUUUGUGGUAAAAGAUACAGCCUGAAAAAAGAUUUGAACACUCAUAUUAAAAGGUUACAUGGGCAGUCUACAAGCUUUGAAGUGCCAUUUGGUCAAAAGAAUUAUGUGUCAUUAGAUAAUUAUGAAGAUGUGUUGCCAGUAUUAAAUAAUGAUUAAUUUUUGAUUGUUCUAUGAUGGUGGAAUUACUAUUAAUGAAAUAUUUAUUAUUUUUAUAUUUAUAAUGGUAAUUCUUAAAGGACUUGUAAAUGAUAAUGAUAUUAUAUUACUCAUACAUAUUUCGACAGCAGUAUUUAUAGAUUUUUUA